AUGUUUCUUAGGAUUGCGUCGUCUCCGGCCGCCGUCGCCGCGGCUAGCCAGCUCUCUGCGCCAGGACCGGCCCACGGUUCUGCGAGGCUGCCGCCGUUGGCGAAAGGGUCGUCGACGGCGACGGCGUGCAGGGCUGCGGGGAAGGGGAACAAGGAGGAGGUGCUCCUCAGCGGUGUGAUGUUCCAGCCGUUCGAGGAGCUCAAGGGGGAGCUUUCGCUCGUGCCGCAGGCCGAGGGCCAGUCGCUCGCCAGGCAAAAGUUCGUCGACGAAUGCGAGGCCGCCAUCAACGAGCAGAUCAAUGUGGAGUACAAUGCCUCGUACGCGUACCACUCCCUCUACGCCUACUUCGACCGGGACAAUGUUGCCCUUAAGGGCUUUGCCAAGUUUAAGGAAUCGAGCGACGAGGAGAGGGAACACGCGGAGAUGCUUAUGGAGUACCAGAACAGACGUGGAGGGCGGGUGAGGCUCCAGUCUACCGUCACCCCAUUGACAGAGUUCGACCACUCUGAGAAAGGCGAUGCUCUGUACGAAAAGGAGGCAAUGGAGUUGGCUCUAGCUCUUGAAAAGCUCGUGAAUGAGAAGCUGCACAACCUGCACUCUGUGGCAACAAGGUGCAACGAUCCUCAGCUGAGUGACUUUGUUGAGAGUCAAUUUCUUCAGGAGCAGGUUGAUGCCGUGAAGAAGAUCUCGGAGUACGUGACGCAGCUUAGGAGAAUCGGCAAAGGGCACGGGGUGUGGCACUUUGAUCGGAUGCUGCUUGAAGAAGAGGCCUAG